AUGGGUGGGAACAUCACCAUAAACCCUGAGUUUGUUCUCUUGGGAUUAACUCAUCGCCCAGAGCUUCAGGUCCUGUUCUUUGUCCUAUUUCUAAUCAUCUACCUCAUCACUGUGGUGGGGAACUUUGGGAUGAUGGUGUUAGUGAGAAUCACUCCCAAGCUUCACACACCCAUGUACUUUUUCCUGAGUCACUUGUCUUUUGUGGACCUCUGUUUCUCCUCCAAUGUGAGUCCAAAGAUGCUGGAGACAUUCAUAGUGGAGAAGGCCACCAUCUCCUACUCAGCCUGCUUGGUGCAGUGUUACCUUUUCAUUGCUUUGGUCCAUGUGGAAAUCUACAUCCUGGCAGUGAUGGCCUUUGACCGCUACAUGGCCAUCUGCAAUCCUCUGCUCUAUGGAAGCAAGAUGUCCCCCACUGUCUGCACUUCUCUCAUCUCUGUGCCCUAUAUCUAUGGCUCCCUCACAGGCCUCAUGGAGACCAUGUGGACCUAUAGCUUAUCAUUCUGUGGCCCCAAUGAGAUUAACCAUUUCUACUGUGCUGACCCUCCCCUCAUCAAACUAGCCUGUUCUAGUACUUACAGAAAAGAAACAUCAAUGUUUGUGGUGGCUGGGUUUAACCUCACCUUUUCCCUGCUCAUCAUUCUCAUCUCCUAUAUGAACAUUCUCCCAGCUAUCUUCAGGCUUAGCUCUUCAGAGAGUAGGCACAAAGCCUUCUCUACCUGCGGGUCCCACCUGACAGCUGUCACUAUAUUCUAUGCAACACUCUUCUUCAUGUACCUGACACCACCCUCUGAGAAGUCUGUGGAAAGAGGGAAAAUGGUGGCUGUGUUUUAUACCACAGUGAUCCCCAUGUUGAACCCCGUGAUCUAUAGCUUGAGGAACAAAGAUGUUAAAGAAGCCUUAAGCAAAGAACUCUUCAGAAAAGAACUUUCUAAACAAAUCUUAGUGUUCAGUUGUCUAAAAUGA